AUGCAAAAGGAGCACAGUAGGAUAGACGAUCGGAAGGCAUUCGCAAAACGGGGCAUAGCAAUCGGAGAUUGCGUAGAGCGAUUACCUUUAGAGAAUAACUAUCCUCUCCAAACACAACGACGAAUCACGUCAUUGCUCACCCGAUAUUCCCACCAGACAUGGUAUAAAAAGCUGAAAACUGAAGUAGACAAGCAGAGCAAAAAACUGGAAAAACAACGAGAUGCUACAGACAUCACUGUGGACCGUACAGCAAAAAAGAGACUCGAAAAACAAGAAGAGAGGUUGAAGAAUAUCAAUCGAGAACUAUCCAUGGUUAAAAUGAAAUCCAUGUUCGCUGUGGGCAUCAUAUUUACAUCCUUAUUCAGUAUGUUCAACAACAUCUUUGAUGGCCGUGUGGUAACCAAGCUCCCGUUUGUACCGAUCUCUUGGCUUCGAGGUCUGUCACAUCGAAAUCUCCCGGGGAAUGAUUACACGGAUGCCUCGUUCAUUUUUAUCUAUAUGCUAUGUACAAUGUCGAUCCGCCAG